GACCCCCACGUCAUAGUAUUUCUCGCUGUUUUAAGUGUCAUUAUUUCGGCGUUUACAGUUUUAGCAAACUUUACAGUAAUCCUAGCAAUAUUUCGAUCACGUGACAAAGAAUCGGCUACAAAUAAGAACAACCGCAUGACAAAGUUGUUGAUGACGUCCAUGGCGGCGUCAGAUUUGAUCGUCGGGAUAUUCCUCAUGCCUAUCAGAACUAUCCAGAUUGUAUACAAUGGCAAAUGGAUACUGGGCCAACAGUUAUGUGGCUUAAUGCUCACAUUCACGAAUAUUCUAUGUGGCAUAUCAGCGUUUCAUAUACUUUGUAUGGCUCUGGACAAGUAUCUGGCCGUGUGCAAGCCGUUUGUGUACAGAAAGUUGACUGUUAGGACUGGAUACAUCAUGAUCGUUCUGUCCUGGCUGAUCCCGGUUGGCGCUUUCGGAAUACCAACAAUAAAGAAAUGGCACCAAACAGGGAUGGAAGAGCGAAUCGCCCUUUUUGCACGUUUGAAUAUCUGUGGGUCACUCUACAACAAAACUCUAAUUUUGACAAUGUGUGCAUUUAUCUUUUAUCUACCCGUCUGUAUCACUUACCUGUUGUACUGUUUUAUAUUUCAAGAGAUCAGUAUGUUCUUUAAACGGGCUCCUAAUUAUAACAGAAAUGUUAACAGAAAUUCUAACAUUCUGAGUUCUCCUAAUAGAGGAAAUGACAGGAGCGUCCCCAGGAGGUCUCGGCGGUUUGCGCGCAACAUGAAAGCGAUACGCACUAUCGGGACCUUGGUGGUGUGCUUUACCGUGCUUUGUAUGCCAAUGUGGAUUUUUGUGGCUGUGUUUGUCUACGACGAUUACAAUUUACCAUCCAGGGUUAUAGCAAUAGUUAUUUGGAUUGCACAGUUUAAUUCAACAAUCAACCCCCUGUUGUAU